UCUACCGGUAGACCGGGCCAUCCUUGGCAGGUAAAGUUAGAACCACAUAGAAAAAAGAAAAGUCUUCACGGUCUUCAUCGUUUUCCUUCUUCUUUUUCCAGACACCUUCCGUUGCAUCAUUUAAAAGCACUCUUCAGUUUUUGUAAUGAGUUAAGCAAUAACAGUAGCUAAUAAUCUCUCUGGCCCGAGGCUAGAGCAUAUUGCUUAGUCUUCUCUCCCAGCCAACUUCCUUCCUCUUCUUGAUCAGGUAACUUAAAGGAUUCCAAAUGAGGAAACAUUUGAAAAGCGAGAAAUCAAGUCCAAGACAUGGCAAAUAUAAUCACAAAUCUGGCUGGUUAGCUGGAAUGCUUCAUGUUCUUGACUUUCACAAUUGGAGAACUAAGAACCGUCCAAUCUGUUGGAAGACCCCAAGAACUCAUUCCUUGGUGCGUGAAGCUGAUGAACAAGAACCAUUUCUUGAUUCUAAAAACGAAGAUUCAAAGAUUCCAAGUGUUGUUGCGGAGGAUCCAACGAGACAACUGAAGAAGCUGAUGACAACAAAGCAAGUAAACGAGUACGUUGAUUUUCUUGAAAUCCUGAACAAGGAAGAUGUUUUUGUCAAGAUACUAAAAGACCCAAACUCGGAGUUUGAUAAGCAAGUGCAGAUCAAGACUAGUCCAAGAGUUUUACCCAAGUCAGGCUCGUACCCUCUCUCUGGCUCUUCACGUCCCGCUAGAAUUGAGCACAAGCAGAAAGAGAAUUGGUAUGCUCCAAAGCAGAACGCUGCCGUUUUGACUUUUAAUGUUUCAACAGACGCUUCUGAGGAACACAAACCAAUCGUACCUUCUCAUGGCUCAGCUGUAAUAAAUGGAUUCAGAAAAAUCAAGAAGUUGCUCAAGAACACACUGAAAGACCGAAAGCAAAUGAAGAAGAAUGAGAAGUGUGUAGCCGUCUCAAAAUAUGAUUCUGUGGAGAGAUAUUCUCUUCUCUUGGAACAGAGUUUUAGAAGAGCAAGAGGUGGUGACUUGCGUUCCAAGAGUUUAAAACUUUCACAUGAAGAGAAAAAGAGCGGCUUGAGAGAUGAGAAUAAACCACAAUUCUUCAGACGUGUUUCGUCACUGUCCAGCCUUGAAGUUUUUGGUUCAUUUCUGACCGAACUUCCCCGAGACAGUUCUGCAAGAAAAUCUGUAGACCUAGAUACUAACUUGGUACCCAAGAAAUCUUUAUUGUUAUCAGAGACUCUGGUAAGAACAGAGAAGGAAGAAGAAAAAAAUGAGGAGGAAAAGGAGAGAAGCCAAGAAGCAGAGACUUUACUCUCACCAGGUCUAAUUUCUUUAGAGAAUAACAACCACGAAGAAGAAGAAGAUGAAGAUGUCUACUUCUGUUACGUAAAGAAGCUUCUAAAAUUUUCAGGCUUCCUUGAAAACGAAGUAAAAUGGUACUCAGAUGAUCAACCACUGGAUCCAUCACUGCUCUACGAACUCAACAUACAAGAAGAAGAAGAAGUGAACAAAGAGCUUCUCUUUGAUUUGGUUAACGAAGCAAUCACCGAGACUCGCAACCAAUCACACAUAUAUUUCCCUAAAACAUUCUCUUUUGCGUAUCCAAAGGGGAAACGUUUUCUUGAUGAGGUAUGGAGAAGAGUCGAGUGGAGCCUCUUAGGGCUAGGAGCUCAGGGUAGUGAUCGUUCAUUGGAUGAUAUCGUGGGAAGAGAUUUUACAAAGGGUGAUGGAUGGAUGAGUCUUAGAGGUGAAUCUGAAUGGCUGACUCUUGAGUUAGAAGAUCUCAUUUUUGAUGAACUAUUAGAUGAAAUACUCUGUGCUUAUUAGGGACCCUUUAUUAUUUAGAUUUUUUCCCACCUUUUUUAAUAUACAUGUAAAUAUGGUGGGUGAUGCAUAUUCGAGAUUUAAUACAGUUUUGUAAUACAUGAGAAGUGCAAAGUUACUAGGUUUGGACGUUUGAAAAACUAAAAUUAGUUUGUUA